CAAACCUGGUGUACAAGAAGAGAGGGCAGGCAGACCAGCUCUGCUCACAUGGACAACAAGCACAAACUCUAACCUGCUCAUUAUCUGCACAGGGAAAAUGCAUGUGGGGGAUUUGGUAUUUUUUGGAUCUGACUUGGCACAUGUGCUUGAAAUGUGUUUUUCCAUUUGUUUUUAUUGUUCUCAGAUGACAAACAGAAAGUGAUUUAAUGGACUUCUGUGUCCUGUUAACAUCAACAGGUUAAUCUUUCUUAUGUCUUAAAGGCUUCUCUGAGAUGUCGACUCAGUCUCAGACUAACGUAACAAUUGGACUGGGGUUCCUGGAAAGAGUGAUGCUUUCCACUCUGACUACACUACCAUGCUGUGUGUUUCUCUUCAUUAAUGGGACCAUGUUAUUCACCUUGAGGAGUAAACUUGUGUUUUGUGAGACCUCUCGUUACAUUCUUCUGUAUAACCUCCUUUUCUCAGACACAAUCCAGAUGUCACUGAGUCAGUUACUGUACCUGCUGUCUGCCUGGAGAUUAAGACUGACGUAUCCUGUCUGUGGUCUUCUUGUCAUGUUUGCCGGGCUCACAAAUGAAGUCUCCCCUCUCACACUGGUGGUGAUGUCUCUGGAGAGAUAUGUAGCUGUGUGCUACCCACUGAGGCACGCUACCAUCAUCACCAUCAGAAACACAGCAGUGGCUAUCAUUGUGGUUUGGGCCUUUUGUUCACUAAAUGUCCUCACUCGAGUUCUUUUGCUGUUGGAUUUUCCAUUUUCAGACCUGGGCAGUCUGCAGAUGACAGAUCUUUGUAAUUCACUAGUCAUGUCUAUUGGCCCAAUGUCUGAUAUUUAUGACAAAGCAUAUACUUGUUUUCUGUUUACUUCAGCUGGUGUUGCAGUUAUUUCUUCCUAUAUUGGUGUGGUGAUAGCAGCCAGGUCAGCCUCCACAGACAAAGCUUCAGCCCGUAAGGCUCGUAACACACUGCUGCUGCAUCUGGUACAGCUGGGUCUCACUUUCUCUUCAACCAUUUACACCCAAUUAAUUUUACUAAUCUCGAAUACUGUUUCGAGAUUAGUACGUGUACGUAUGCAGAAUUUUUUGUAUGUAGUUUUUUUCAUUCUGCCCAGAUGUCUGAGUUCUCUGAUCUAUGGACUCAGAGACCAGACUAUCAGACCCAUACUUGUGUACUAUUUAUGCUGUCGACUGACACUCUCACCCCAGUCAAGGCUGAGGCCUAAGAUAAAUGGAGUGAAUUAACCUCUCUAUAUGUUUUUUGAACUAAUGCUUGUUGUUUUUUAGGUUCAACUAUUAAUUUGUAAGUAUUUCUUGAAAUACACUUAUAGAAUCUGUUCAAAAUUAUCAUUCAACCAAGAAAAGCUGUUAAUCACAAAUAUUUCACCGUGAAUCUUAUCGUUAAAUGUGUGAUGUAGUUGCAGCUCUUAUGUAUCUAGGGCAAUUUCCUCAAACCUUUCAAUUGCAGUAAAUAUGAGAGCAGUAACUAUAUGUUUGUGGCAUAAUAAUGAAAUAAAGUAAAAUGAUAUUAGA